AUGCGUGUCGAGGCUUUCUCCCGCACGGCGGCGCAGCCGGCGGCCGCGCAGUGCGGCCCACAACGCUUGCGAGAGGCUGCGCAGGCGCCCCGCGCUCAUCGCGGAGUGUUUCGGGCGUCUCGUCGAUCCCUGCUGCAUGGAGUACAUACGUUGCGGGCGAACCAUGCGCCACUUCGAUUGCGCUGCCCGGCAGCGGCGACGCAGGGCGCACAAGCGUCCUCCGCCGAGGUAAUCCAGCUAGAGGGGGCUGCGCCGCUGCGCAUAUUCGGCGUCGACCACAGAGAGCUUCAGCUCGACAUUGCCGAGUCGAUCAUCAAGGACAAGGUGCAGAUGGUCGUGGUCGAGACCGCGAUCGGAAUGCGGCACGGGUACGAGUGGAACAACGCGUUGAGGGUGGGGAGCAUGACGGACGAGGGGCUCCUGGGGGACAUGAUGCUCGCGAUGUUCGCGAACGCGGGUCUCGUGCUGCGGGGGGAGGAGGACAAGCUGACCUCGGAGCUGUGGCAGACCCUGCGCGCCAACCCCGCCGCGGUCACCGAGCACCUCGUCGCCAUCGCGGCCAUCGCGAACGACGCGGAGAUCGUCUUCGCAGACCGCCCAAAGGACCUCACGUACAAGCGGAUCCUUGCGGACACGUCCGCGAAGGAGCUCGACGCCGCGUACAGCUGGCAGGCCCGCCACAACUACCUGGAGAUGGCCGCGGGCCACCCGCUGCCGCGCCAGCCGCGGGGCGUCGUCGACCGGGUCAUGAUCGAGGAGCGCGACACCAUCCUGGCCGCCACCGCCGCAGCGCGCGCGCUGUCGGCGCCGGCGGACGGCGCGCCCGUCGUGUGCGUGGUGGGGGCGUCGCACCUCCCUGGGAUGCUCAAGGAGCUCAGGGACCCCGCGCGGGCAGCCUGGACGAGCGCGCAGUGGGAAGAGAUCGCGAGGCCGCUGCUCGAUGUGCCCGCGGGCACGUUCCAGGACCUGCUGCGGUCCUCCCCGACGGGGGCGCUGGGCGCGGAGGAGACGGCGGUGAAGCGGGCGCUCCUGGAGGCGACGCUGCGGUUGCAGGUCACCGACGACGUGCUCCAGGACCUGGCGACGUGCCUGGGCGACGCCGGGACGGAGCCAGGUGCGGCGGCGGAGGCGUACGGCAUCGCUACCGAGACGUACUACACGAGCCAGAUGAUGAUGGCGUCGGUGGAGCGGGACGUGCUGGACAAGGUGUGCCAGGGCUGGCCGCGCGGGACGGACAUGUGGGAGGUGUUGGAUGAGGUCAGGCGGGUGAAGCCGAGUCAGGGGGGGAGGGGGUUCGACUUCCAGGUGCUGGACGAGAGCCUGCGGUGCAUGCACUACAACAUGCCGCCACCGCAGAACCAGGCGUAG